GAUGGAGAUGGAUGAGGACCCGGAUACCCUGCCUGCCCAGGAGCAAGGCAACACCAUCAUUACCAAGUAUGAGCAGGGUCUGCAGAGGGACCUGGAAGUGGGAGGAUUUCAGGGCAGCCCAGGGGGCCAUGAACACCUCUGCUCCUCCUUUCAAGGCAAGGAAGAGCUGUGCAUUGAGGGUUCCAUGCUGACAAGUUUCCUCUGGAACCACAAGACCUUGUCUGACUCAGUUUUAUGGGGAUCUCAUCCCAUGGAGAGGGGUCCCCAGCACUCCAGGGGACUGAAACCCCAGUGGGCCCUGCUCAGGCCACCGGCCCCAACUUGGAAAGGCCAGGUCCUCCCACACCUGCUGUCCCCACAGAAGUCCUUCGGGCUCACCCUGAGACUGUGGGAUGUGCUCAUCUUGGAGGGCGAGUGGGUACUGACGGCCAUGGUGCAUACAUCAUUCAAAAUACACAGGAAGCGCCUCAUGAAGCUUUCCUGGAGCACCGUCUGGGAAUUUCAGGAGCGACUCUCUCAGAGCUGGGCCCUGGAGGACAACACGGUCCUCAGGAACCUUCAAACCUCUAUGAAGGAACUCACAAGGAAACAGUGGGACCUGCCACCCCCAGGUGAGCCCCAGUACCAGGAGGUGGGCUACCACAGAGACAUGAGCUGUCUAACUGCCAUCCUCCUCCUGUAUCUGCCGGAUGAAGACAACCUUCUGGGCACUGGAUCAGCUGCUGUCCGAGGAGAGGCACUCCCUGCAGGGAGCACAGUAGACAGGGAGGAGGUCAUCCAGGAGGUGGGCUACCACAGAGACAUGAGCUGUCUAACUGCCAUCCUCCUCCUGUAUCUGCCGGAUGAAGACAACCUUCUGGGCACUGGAUCAGCUGCUGUCCGAGGAGAGGCACUCCCUGCAGG